UAUAUGUAUAAAUAUUUAUAUAUAUCAUGUAUCUUUUACGUAUUUAUUAUAAAUAUUUAUUAUUAAUUCAAACAAUCUAUUUUCUCUAUUAUUAUUUCUUUAAGAAAAUGGGAAUUGAUCAAGAAUUUUUUAUUAAUAAAAUUCAAUUAUGGAGUCCUGAAACAUCCUGUUUACUCUCUUCUUCUUCUGCUGAUGACAUUCUUUUAAAAGGAUUAAUAACAAAUAAUGGGAAUUUAUCAGCAGCAGCAACAGCUUUCUUAUCAUCUAAUGACGAUCCUAUUCUUUAUUUCAAUGAUGCUAUACAACAACAAGUCCAUUCUCAUUUCCCUUUCGGAUAUCCAGUAGAGGCUGCUUGCCAAACUUCUACCCAUUUUACUAUUUCUUCUCAUCAUAGAUUGCCCUUUAUCAUCAACUUCUUUCACUCACAAAAGUUCACAUAUCCUAAUUACAAGAAGCUUUUUGUUCCCUUUUUCAACAACAAGAAAGAAAUGAUAUCAGUCAUAAAGAAUACGUUUAAAACCUUUUUUGAUCAUCGUCGUAUCUAUCCUCGACCAAAGAAAAAAUACGAAGCAUGAAAAAUUGCAAUUACUUAUUUAUUUACUGCUGGAAAAAGAAAAAAAAAAUUAUGUGGAAAAAACUGAAAAAAAAAAAUACGUUAAUAAAAUUUAAUCCCAACAAUAAGCACAUUAAUAAAUUACAACAUUUGGUGGGGAAGUUCUUUAAAAAACGUGGAGGAAUUAAAAAAGAAAAGAAACAUAAUGAGCUCAACAGGAUUGACUGACUGGAAAAAAAAAUAGCUAAAAGAUGGACUUUUAAAAAAUAAAUUUCAAGGAUUUCCAAAAAAAAUUCACAGGUUGUUGGAAA